GCCAUAGCUCAUCUCAUGUAUCAGAAUAAACCGACUCUUUGUGUUUUAUCUCUGUUUCAGAUGAUGAAACACGCCUGGGACAGCUACAGGCAGUACGGCUGGGGUCACAACGAGCUGAAGCCCCUCGCUAAGAAAGGACAUUCCACAAAUAUCUUUGGUAAUUCUCAGCUAGGAGCCACCAUUGUGGAUGCUGUCGAUACUCUGUACAUCAUGGGUCUGCACGACGAGUUCAAAGAUGGCCAGGAGUGGAUAGAGCAGAAUCUGGACUUCAGUGUGAAUGCUGAGGUGUCCGUGUUCGAGGUCAACAUCCGUUUCAUAGGAGGCCUGCUGGCUGCAUACUACCUCUCAGGACAGGAAAUGUUCAAACUGAAGGCAGUUCAGCUGGCUGAGAAACUCAUUCCUGCCUUUAACACUCCUACUGGGAUCCCCUGGGCGAUGGUCAACCUUAAAAGCGGUGUUGGUCGUAACUGGGGCUGGGCUUCAGCAGGCAGCAGCAUCCUGGCUGAGUUUGGGACUCUCCACAUGGAGUUUGUUCACCUCACCUACUUGACGGGAAACCCUGUGUACUACCAGAAGGUGAUGCACAUCCGGAAGCUGCUAGCCAAAAUGGACCGACCCAACGGGCUCUACCCAAACUACCUAAACCCUCGCACAGGCCGCUGGGGCCAACAUCACACCUCACUGGGAGGAUUAGGGGACAGUUUUUAUGAGUACCUUCUGAAGGCAUGGCUCAUGUCUGACAGAACCGACACAGAAGCUCGAAAAAGUUACGAUGAUGCUAUUGAGGCCAUUGAGCGCCACCUCAUACGGAAAUCCAACGGCGGGCUGACGUUCAUCGGAGAGUGGAAGAACGGCCACCUGGAGAGGAAGAUGGGCCACCUGGCCUGCUUUGCUGGUGGCAUGUUUGCUCUGGGCGCUGAUGGCUCGCCGGACGACAAGGCCGGACACUAUUUACAGCUCGGAGCUGAGAUCGCCCACACCUGCCACGAGUCCUACGACAGAACAGUUCUGAAGCUCGGCCCAGAGGCUUUCAAGUUUGACAGCGGUCUGGAGGCGGUUGCUGUUCGGCAGAAUGAGAAGUACUACAUCCUGAGACCAGAGGUCAUCGAAACCUACUGGUACAUGUGGAGGUUCACCCACGAUCCAAAAUACAGGCAGUGGGGCUGGGAGGCAGCUCAGGCCAUCGAUAGGUAUUGCCGGGUGAGUGGAGGUUUCUCAGGAGUGAAGGAUGUGUACUCGUCCACCCCCACCUACGACGACGUGCAGCAGAGCUUUUUUCUGGCUGAAACCCUCAAGUACCUCUACCUACUGUUCUCCAGUGAUGACCUCAUGCCACUGGACAGCUGGGUGUUCAACACAGAGGCCCAUCCUCUCCCCGUCCUCCACCUGGGAAACAUCACCCUGCCUGGCAGCGAGCCCGCUCAGCGGUAGACGGACCCGUCCUCCUCCUCAGCACCAGGGGCCAUCACCUUUCUGCCUGCCUGCCCACCCACCAUCACCGGACACACUUCCAUUCAGGCUCUUUCUCUGCGUUAGGGCAGCAGUCCUGGUCUGGAGGAGGUGAGACGCCUCGGCUCCCCCCGUCUUCUGCUGUGCUGAACUUCUGGACGGGUGAAAAAGGAUGGUGGGUGUGUUCGGCUUUAACGGCCUCCAAACCAGAGGCUGGAUUUAGGCUUUUCUUAUUUUCUCUUUUGAUCCGAGUUCAUGAAGGAGUUCAGUGGGACUAAACGCUGAUGAAGGUUCUGUUUCCACACAGACACACGGACCAGUGGCCGUCAGUGUCUGUUGACUUUUGAUUUGGACAACUUGUUAUUGGGGACACAGGGUUGAGUCCCAGCCCUCCGCUUCUCCACCUUCUGUUUACUCUCCUUCAGUCGGAGCCAGACCUGUUGGAUGGCGAAGGACCCUCAGCGUCCUCUGAGCCUCAUUUUUCAGAAUAAUCACACGAGGAAAAGGAUCUAAUCAUGGACAGCAGCAGGCCAACUCCCCCACAUUUCCCAGUUCCCCCACCAGUGAAACCAUUCUGCUGCUACGUGUUAGGAAGCUGCCUUCUCAUCAGACAUGGCGCCGUUUCCCUUCAGCCUCUCACUUCUUCUCCUUAUUUAGCGUUUUUUUUUUUGUUUUUUUUUUGCGGUGAGAAAAGCUGAAUGUUUGUGUUUGUGGUGGUUCUGCUGUGAGUCUGUAGUUUGUGCACUUUGUUACAGGUGGACAGUAGGGGGCGUCGCACCGAAGGAGGUGAAUAAAUGAAGCCAUCAUGUAACCUGCUCUCCGUUCCUGGUCGUUGGAGUCAUGAUAAUCCAACAUUCAGAGUCAGGUUGGGUUCUGAUGAGUCUCCUGAGGCGAUGAAGAAAUGUUUCUGCCUCUUUUUGUCACAAAUGUUUCAGAACAGAAAACUAAUUUAAACACGAGGAAAUAAAAACAAGCAUUUGCUGUUGCUCCAGCUGUGUGUGUGUGUGUGUGCGUGCGUGAGUGCGUGUGUGUGUGCUCUGUCUCCUGAUGGACCCCUGAAAGACAUUUAGGAGACUGAAUCCUGGUUUAACAGAGACUCUUCAUUAGUCCCCAAACCCAAACUGGCUAAAGGGACCAGUUAGCAGUGCCACAUGGUGCGAUGGAGGUCAGUCUCUAGCAGCUUCUACUGCCGUCACAAACACACACACCUGCUGCUCUUAAGCUGCUAAUUUUAGCUUUUGAUCGUUACCUAUUCAGAUGUUUCCUCUUCAGCUCAUAAACACAAAAUGAGUGAAGCAGCAGAAAACGUUUCAGUAUUAGUCUUCAACAGGAUUUAGUUCACGUUCGGUCCUUAAUCUCUCCAUGUCUUCGUCACCUGUAAGGAGGCCUGGGCGGCCAUGCUGUGGCUUUUGAAAACGGAGUGUUCUGUAUUUUUACUGAAAGUAAAAUGAAAGUAUCUGUAAAUAUGUUUAAACCUGAGACACAAAUUCAAUAAAGAUGUUAUGAAAAGUGA